AUGGCGGAUCGCAGCUUGGAGAGCCUCUCUCUGCCGCUGGAAGUGAGAGCGCGGCUGGCCGAGCUGGAGCUGGAAUUGUCGGAAGGUGACAUUACACAGAAGGGUUAUGAAAAGAAGAGAUCAAAAUUAAUUGGGGCCUACUUGCCACAACCUCCAGGAGUGGAUCAAGCACUGCCACAAGAACGCCGAACACCAGUAACUCCAUCCUCUUCCUCUCGAUACCAUCGCCGCAGAUCCUCAGGGUCACGAGAUGAGCGUUAUCGGUCAGAUGUCCACACAGAAGCAGUCCAGGCAGCCCUUGCAAAACAUAAAGAACGGAAGAUGGCAGUACCUAUGCCAUCUAAGAGACGUUCUCUGGUGGUGCAAACAUCAAUGGAUGCUUACACCCCUCCAGAUACCUCCUCUGGUUCGGAAGAUGAAGGUUCUGUGCAGGGCGAUUCACAGGGAACGCCAACCUCAAGCCAAGGGAGUAUAAAUAUGGAGCACUGGAUCAGCCAAGCCAUCCAUGGCUCAACCACAUCUACCACUUCUUCAUCCUCAACACAAAGUGGUGGCAGUGGGGCUGCGCAUAGGCUAGCUGAUGUUAUGUCUCAAACGCAUAUAGAAAAUCAUUCGGCCCCUCCAGAUGUUACCACUUACACCUCCGAACACUCAAUACAAGUAGAAAGACCACAAGGUUCAACAUCAAGAGCGGCUCCAAAAUAUGGAAAUGCUGAACUUAUGGAAACUGGUGAUGGAGUUCCAGUAAGCAGCAGAGUAUCUGCAAAAAUUCAACAACUGGUCAAUACUCUAAAACGACCCAAGCGUCCACCAUUACGAGAGUUCUUUGUGGAUGACUUUGAAGAACUAUUAGAAGUUCAACAACCAGAUCCAAACCAACCAAAGCCAGAAGGAGCUCAGAUGUUGGCGAUGCGUGGGGAACAGCUGGGCGUGGUUACGAAUUGGCCUCCUUCACUUGAAGCAGCACUGCAACGAUGGGGAACAAUUUCUCCCAAAGCUCCUUGUUUAACCACUAUGGAUACCAAUGGAAAACCACUGUAUAUUCUCACUUACGGUAAACUUUGGACCCGUAGUAUGAAAGUUGCUUAUAAUAUACUGCAUAAAUUGGGCACAAAGCAGGAACCGAUGGUGCGGCCAGGAGACAGAGUAGCACUAGUUUUUCCCAAUAAUGAUCCUGCAGCUUUUAUGGUAGCAUUUUAUGGCUGCCUUCUUGCAGAAGUUGUUCCUGUUCCUAUUGAAGUGCCACUUACCAGAAAGGAUGCAGGUAGCCAACAGAUCGGCUUCUUGCUUGGAAGCUGUGGUGUUACUGUAGCCUUGACUAGUGAUGCAUGCCAUAAAGGGCUACCUAAAAGCCCUACAGGGGAGAUACCACAAUUUAAAGGCUGGCCAAAACUGCUGUGGUUUGUGACAGAAUCGAAACACCUUUCGAAACCUCCUCGAGAUUGGUUCCCCCACAUCAAAGAUGCAAACAAUGACACAGCUUACAUUGAGUACAAAACAUGUAAGGAUGGAAGUGUUCUUGGCGUGACAGUGACAAGGAUUGCAUUACUGACCCAUUGUCAAGCGCUCACCCAGGCAUGUGGAUACACAGAAGCUGAAACCAUUGUGAAUGUCCUGGAUUUCAAGAAAGAUGUGGGUUUAUGGCAUGGCAUCCUUACAAGUGUUAUGAACAUGAUGCAUGUGAUAAGCAUCCCUUAUUCCUUAAUGAAAGUGAACCCGCUUUCAUGGAUACAGAAGGUGUGCCAGUACAAAGCAAAAGUAGCUUGUGUAAAAUCCAGAGAUAUGCACUGGGCAUUAGUAGCACACAGAGAUCAACGUGAUAUCAACCUCUCUUCACUUAGAAUGUUGAUAGUGGCUGAUGGCGCUAAUCCAUGGUCUAUUUCUUCAUGCGAUGCAUUUCUUAAUGUGUUCCAAAGUAAAGGCCUAAGACAAGAAGUCAUCUGUCCUUGUGCUAGUUCACCAGAGGCUCUCACAGUGGCUAUUAGAAGGCCAACAGAUGACAGCAACCAGCCACCUGGAAGGGGAGUAUUAUCCAUGCACGGGCUUACUUAUGGAGUAAUCAGAGUGGAUUCUGAAGAAAAACUUUCUGUUCUAACAGUGCAAGAUGUUGGUUUGGUAAUGCCUGGAGCCAUAAUGUGUGCCGUAAAGCCAGAUGGAGUUCCUCAACUCUGCCGAACAGAUGAAGUUGGUGAACUCUGUGUAUGUGCUAUUGCAACAGGUACAUCUUACUAUGGACUCUCUGGAAUGACCAAAAAUACAUUUGAGGUGUUCCCUAUGACUACUUUAGGUGCCCCCAUAAGUGAAUAUCCCUUUAUAAGAACUGGGCUUCUUGGGUUCAUUGGCCCUGGAGGACUUGUUUUUGUGGUUGGUAAAAUGGAUGGUCUGAUGGUUGUCAGCGGGAGGAGACACAAUGCAGAUGACAUUGUAGCUACAGCAUUGGCAGUGGAACCCAUGAAGUUUGUCUACAGGGGAAGGAUAGCAGUGUUUUCAGUGAGUGUCCUUCAUGAUGAACGAAUAGUAAUUGUGGCUGAGCAGAGGCCGGAUUCUACAGAAGAAGACAGCUUUCAGUGGAUGAGCAGAGUCCUGCAGGCUAUAGACAGUAUUCAUCAAGUAGGAGUUUACUGCCUAGCCUUGGUACCAGCAAACACACUCCCAAAGACUCCUCUGGGUGGAAUCCACUUGUCAGAAACAAAACAGCUCUUCCUUGAAGGAGCAUUGCAUCCCUGUAAUGUACUGAUGUGUCCACACACCUGUGUAACAAACCUGCCUAAACCAAGACAGAAACAACCAGAAAUUGGUCCUGCCUCUGUGAUGGUGGGGAAUCUGGUCUCUGGAAAAAGGAUUGCACAGGCAAGCGGCAGAGAUUUGGGACAAAUAGAAGAUAAUGAUCAAGCUAGAAAGUUCUUAUUCCUCUCAGAAGUCUUACAGUGGAGGGCACAGACAACUCCUGACCAUGUACUUUAUACACUACUAAACUGUAGGGGGACAAUUGCAAACUCUCUCACCUGUGUCCAGCUACAUAAACGAGCUGAAAAGAUAUCAGUAAUGUUGAUGGAAAGGGGUCAUUUGCAAGAUGGUGAUCAUGUUGCUUUAGUCUACCCACCAGGCAUAGAUCUGAUUGCUGCAUUUUAUGGAUGUUUAUAUGCUGGCUGUGUGCCAAUAACAGUUCGGCCUCCCCAUCCACAAAACAUUGCAACAACCUUACCCACAGUGAAGAUGAUUGUGGAGGUGAGUCGCUCUGCUUGUUUAAUGACAACACAAUUAAUAUGUAAAUUAUUACGGUCCCGGGAGGCAGCAGCAGCAGUCGAUGUCAGAACAUGGCCACCUAUAUUAGACACAGAUGAUUUGCCAAAGAAACGGCCUCCUCAGAUCUUCAAACCUUCUAAUCCUGACAUGCUAGCUUAUCUCGAUUUCAGUGUAUCUACAACUGGAAUGUUAGCAGGGGUGAAGAUGUCUCAUGCAGCCACUAGUGCCUUUUGUCGUUCUAUUAAGCUGCAGUGUGAACUCUAUCCUUCUAGAGAAGUUGCAAUUUGUUUGGAUCCCUACUGUGGACUGGGAUUUGUCCUUUGGUGCCUCUGUAGCGUUUAUUCAGGACACCAGUCUAUUUUAAUUCCUCCCUCAGAAUUGGAAACUACACCUGCUCUAUGGCUUCUGGCUGUGAGCCAGUACAAAGUAAGAGAUACCUUUUGUUCCUACUCAGUUAUGGAGCUUUGCACCAAGGGCCUCGGUUCACAAACAGAAUCUUUGAAGGCAAGAGGGCUGGACCUGUCAAGGGUGCGGACAUGUGUGGUUGUGGCAGAAGAACGACCCCGAAUAGCUCUGACACAAUCUUUUUCAAAGCUUUUUAAAGAUCUGGGCCUCCAUCCCAGGGCUGUCAGCACAUCCUUUGGCUGCAGAGUUAACCUGGCAAUAUGUUUGCAGGGAACAUCUGGGCCAGACCCAACCACUGUGUAUGUUGACAUGAGGGCUCUCAGACAUGACAGAGUGCGUUUAGUAGAAAGAGGAUCUCCCCAUAGUUUGCCUCUCAUGGAAUCAGGAAAGAUCCUCCCUGGAGUUCGUAUCAUUAUUGCUAAUCCAGAAACAAAGGGCCCUCUUGGCGACUCUCAUCUUGGAGAAAUAUGGGUUCAUAGUGCUCACAAUGCCAGUGGAUAUUUUACAAUCUAUGGCGAUGAAUCCCUACAAUCAGAUCAUUUUAACUCAAGACUGAGUUUUGGAGACACACAAACUAUCUGGGCACGAACUGGCUACCUGGGAUUCUUGAGGAGAACAGAACUUACAGAUGCAAAUGGGGAACGACACGAUGCACUUUACGUAGUAGGUGCGUUAGAUGAAGCCAUGGAAUUGCGAGGAAUGCGGUAUCAUCCCAUAGAUAUAGAGACAUCAGUAAUUAGAGCACACAAAAGCAUUACGGAAUGCGCGGUGUUUACCUGGACAAAUUUGUUGGUCGUUGUCGUUGAACUGGAUGGAUCAGAGCAAGAAGCCUUAGACCUGGUUCCCUUGGUCACCAACGUGGUCCUGGAGGAACACUAUCUGAUUGUUGGGGUUGUGGUGGUGGUGGACGUUGGAGUCAUCCCUAUCAACUCCCGUGGAGAGAAGCAGCGAAUGCACCUACGAGAUGGAUUUUUGGCAGACCAGUUAGAUCCGAUCUAUGUGGCCUAUAAUAUGUAAUCUUAUAUCUUUAAGGUUUCCCAUGGACUGGACUCUAAUGUAUAAAACACUUUUUUAUGUACACUAAACAAUGUACAAGUAACGGUCUUCAGAACGGAACUAUUUCUCUUAGACUUAUUGAAGCACCCAUUAUUGGCAGGACAUAAAAAAUGUGAAAUGUGUUUCUUUUACCACUACAUUUUAGCACAGAAGGACUUUGGGGUACUGCCUUCAGUUUGUUGGAAAGCCCAUUACUAGACUUUUUAAAAUAAGAUUAUUUUUUGCUUAUUGGGAUGAAUACUGCUUUCUAAGUAAUAGGCUUUGUAUCUUACGUUAAACUGAACUAGCUAUUUUUUUUAAAUCUUCCCCCACCUAGCCAUUCACCCACACACGGAUAUUUUUGAACAGCUCAUGAUAUGAUUGAAUUGUUUUGGUUUGCUUCUUUUUUAAAAUGUCUGUAUAAAAACAAAGUUUUCUCACUAUGGAUCCAUUACUAAUUUUAAGCCAUUUUCUAUUC